GGACCCAGGUCCUUCUGAUUCCCAGGCCCGUGCUCUCGGGUGGUGUGAUGAACAUGUAGGACGGGGGGGACAUCUCAUGUGGUUAUCCCAGUGGAGCGCCUGAGCUCACCAUUCCCAAGAUCUAUUGAAAUUACUGCCUAUCCAAAGCGGGCACGGUUGUGACCAUAUCGUCCCAGCCACAAUGCUAUGCUUCCUUUUCUCUAGAAGACUUUGGGAGAAGGAAGAGGGGAAGAAAGGGGAAAGGCACCUUUCCCUGGUCCUUAGUCUAGAGAAUCGCUUUAUGCCGGCCCUCUCUCGGUGAGCCCCGUGCCGAGACGUGGGUACUCACAGACCGGGCCCGGUCCAGGCAGAGCUCUGCUGUCCAGGGCAUCCUGGAGAGCUGAGUAAUAAGCGACUUCCCCGAUGGUACCCCUCAAGCAGAGUAACCCAGCCUGACCCUGAAACCAGACCCUCCUCUGGAGCUGGUAGAGAACUCAACCCGCUCCUUAUUGGAAGUGCUAUUGAGUGGCACUAUUGUAUUUCAAUAAAAGAUUUGAUUUGAUUGAGAAAACUGCACUCAUCAUCUCUGUUGGAUUUAAAGGUUAAAAAAAUGGACUGAAGAUUUCAUAAGUGUGUCUAAUUUGGCUCACGGGCUCAUGUGAUACCCCAGAAGCACAUGAUGUGGUGAACAGGAGAUAGAUCCGUUUCAUUCAAGUAUUCUUGGCUCUGAAGGAGGCGUUCUUGGAAGUAGAAGAACGUUGCUGUAUAUUUUUGGGUUUGCAUCGUUGCCUUCCACCCUUCCAUUUUGAUUCCGGACCUGUGAAGAAUACGACUGCUUGCUUGUACCUGAGCCAUGGAGGCUGGCUCGGUGGUACGAGCCGUCUUUGACUUCUGCCCUAGUGUCUCAGAGGAGCUGCCCCUCUUUGUUGGGGACAUCAUCGAGGUGCUGGCCGUUGUGGAUGAGUUUUGGCUCCUGGGAAAGAAAGAGGAUGUUACAGGCCAGUUCCCCAGCAGCUUCGUGGAACUUGUGACCAUACCCGGCCUGAAACAGGGAGAGAGGCUGUUCGUCUGCACCUGUGAUUUUACUUCCCAGGACCCGGGAAGCCUCUCCCUCCAAAGAGGGGACCUGGUGAUCCUGGAUGGCCCUCAGACCUCCCCCUGGCUGCAGGGCCGAAGCUGCUGGGGCAUCAGGGGCUUUUUCCCCUCCACGUGCGUGCGAGAGCUCUGUCUCUCAUCCCGUAGCCGCCAGCGGCAGUCCGAUAGCACCUUGCUUCACACCCCGGGAUAUUCGAUGGGCCAGGCCCGGGCUCUGAUGGGGCUCUCUGCCCAGCUGGACGAGGAGCUGGACUUCCGGGAAGGGGACGUGAUCACUAUCGUCGCCGUGCCCGAGCCGGGCUGGUUUGAAGGCGAGCUGGAGGGUCGGAGGGGCAUUUUCCCAGAAGGCUUUGUGGAACUUUUGGGCCCCCUGAGGACUGUGGACGAGCCCCCCGGCGUGGGGAACCGUGAAGCUCGCACGGUUAAUGGCGGGAUAGACAUGCCUCCUCUGGAGGAGAAAGAGGGUGGGGAGGAGGGGGAGGAGCCGGGGACCUUCGGGAUCGCCCUCUACAAGUUCCAGGCCCUGGAACCCAAAGAGCUGGACUUCGAGGUGGGUGACAGGAUCCGCAUCGUGGGGACGCUGGAGGAUGGCUGGCUAGAAGGAACGCUGAGGGGCCGCAAAGGCAUCUUUCCUCACAGGUUCGUGAAGCUGCAGGGAACCUCCCCCAGCCCGAGGAAGGAGGAAGCCGUGGAGCUGCCACUGGACUUUGACCGGUCUAGAAGCCACCAAGCCCCACCAGACAGCCUGAGAUCUUUCCUAGCCCCCGAGGAACCCAAGGACGAGCCUGAUGAGAAGAAAAUCGAGCAAAUGUCCAGCUGUGCUACGCUUGGCCCAUUCAGCUCACCUCUGGGCCCCCUGGCUCCUAAUGAACAGCCCGAGAGUAGGGGAGACCCUAAGGGAAGGGCCCCGAGAAGCCCGGGAGUGGCGCCUGAAGCCAAAGACGUCUCCCUAAGUGACCCCGCAAAGACGAUCAAUGGUGUGGCACCUCAUCCUAAGCUGGGUGUGCCCCCUCAGCUUCCAGGGCAGAAGAGCCAGUGUGAUUGCCCUAUGGGGGAGGGCCACUCCAGCUCAGAAAGGCUCUUCAGCACUCUUCCUCUGGAAACCAGGAGCAGGGGUAGCCUCAGCACGGCCCCUCAGGAGCCAGGCUCCUGGCCAAAGAGCACCCGAGGCCAGGCGCCCUCUCUUCACAGCAGUUGGUCGGCGGCAGACUCUAGGGUUUUCAAGUCCCACCAGAAGAGCCCGCAGCCCGGGGAUGCGGCCACGGGGGCCGACAAGCAAGAUCGGCCCCCCAAAGGGCGUUCUUCCAGCUUUGGCAGCGGGCCGGAGGAACCAGAAUGGAGGCCCGCCCCGGUACCCGCGGCGACGCUUCUUCUGCCGGGAGAAAGCAGCACGGACCUGGAUUCCAAGCUGACGGAGCAGCUGAUGCAGUUUGAGAAAAGUCUGGCGGGGCCAGGGGCGGAACCGGACCAGAAAAUCUCCCGACAUUUCUCCAUCACGGACUUCAGCUCCGAGAAGGACAUCGUCCGCGGGUCCCCCAAGUCGGCCGUCCACAGGGAGCUGCCCGAGAGGAGAAAGGUCUUGAGGCCGCCCCCUCCCAGGCCCCACGCUCCAGCCCCCACCCUGACCGGCCAGAACCCGAAGCCUGAAUCGUCUUUCUCGGUGAGGCCCUCCCGCCCCGCUCCGCUGCCGCCUCCAGCCCAGCAGAGGACCAGCUCGGCGUCCCCAAAGCUCCAGCGUCUCAGCGGUCCCGGACGGACUAUACCGGAGGAGGAGAGCCAAGAAUACCCGGAGAGGAUCCUCGACCCCACCUGCCGUGACCCUUUCCUUCUGGUCAGGAUUCGGGAAAUUGAGCAGGACUUGGAGGUUUACAGCAAGACCCGAGAGGAACUGAGUCUGCUUCUGGAGGCGAGGGAUGAUGAGCAGAUAAGAGCAGAGACCCUGGAGAACCUGGAGUUCUGCGACUGUAACAUCGAGAGCCUGACUCUGGAGCUGCAGCAACUUCGAGAAAUGACCCUCCUCUCCUCCUCUCACUCUUCAUCCCUGGAGCCCACUUCUGUCUCGGCAUCCACUGAGAACCCAGAGCAGAGGAUGCUGGAGAAGAGGGCCAAGGUGGUUGAAGAGCUCCUCCAGACGGAGAGGGACUACGUCCGGGACCUAGAGAUGUGCGUGGAAAGGAUCAUGGUCCCCCUGCAGCAGCAGAUCCAGGUGCAGAACAUAGAUUUUGAAGGGCUUUUUGGAAAUAUCCAGAUGGUGAUUAAUGCCUCAAAACAAUUGCUGGUUGCCCUGGAGGCUACAGAUGCUGUAGGACCCGUGUUCCUGGAGCAUCGAGAUGAGCUUGAGGGGGUGUACAAAGUGUACUGCCAAAACCACGAUGAGGCCAUUGCCCUGCUGGAGGUCUAUGAGAAGGAUGAGAAGAUCCAGAAGCCCUUGCUGGAUUCCUUGGAAACCCUCAAGAGCCUGUACAGUGAGUGGGGCUGCACAAAUUACAUUAACCUGGGCUCCUUCCUCAUCAAACCGGUGCAGAGGGUUAUGCGGUACCCUCUGCUCUUAAUGGAGCUGCUCAACUCCACCCCCGAGUCCCAUCCUGACAAAGUGCCUCUCACGGCUGCCGUCCUGGCCGUCAAGGAGAUCAACGUUAACAUCAACGAGUAUAAACGGCGCAAGGACCUCGUCCUCAAAUACCGCAAGGGGGAUGAGGACAGCCUGAUGGAGAAAAUUUCCAAGCUCAACAUUCACUCCAUCAUCAAGAAAUCCAAUCGAGUAAGCAGCCACCUGAAGCACCUCACUGGCUUUGCUCCCCAGAUCCGAGAUGAAGCAUUCGAGGAAACAGAGAAGAAUUUCCGGAUGCAAGAAAGACUGAUUAAAUCCUUUAUCCGAGACCUAUCCCUCUACCUCCAGCACAUCCGGGAAUCGGCCUGUGUGAAAGUGUUGGCUGCCAUGAGCAUGUGGGACCUGUGUGUGGAGAAGGGAAACGGGGACCUGGAGCAGUUUGAGAAAGUGCAUCGCCUCAUCAGCGACCAGCUCUUCACUGAUUUCAAAGAGAGGACAGAGCGUCUGGUCAUCUCUCCCCUGAGCCAGCUGCUGAGCAUGUUCACGGGGCCCCACAAGCUGGUGCAGAAGCGUUUCGACAAGCUGCUGGACUUCCACAACUGCACCGAGCGGGCCGAGAAGCUGAAGGACAAGCGGACCCUGGAGGAGCUGCAGUCGGCCCGGAACAACUACGAGGCCCUGAAUGCCCAGCUGCUGGAUGAGCUCCCCAAGUUCCGGCACUACGCCCAGAGCCUCUUCACCAGCUGCAUCCGGGGCUACGCUGCGGCCCACUGCGACUUUGUGCGCCGCGCCCUGGAGGAGCUGCGGCCCCUGGUCUCGCUGCUGAAGGCCGCUGGCCGAGAGGGGAACCUCAUCGCCGUCUUCCAGGAGGAGCACAGCCGAGUCCUCCAGCAGCUCCAGGUGUUCACCUUCUUCCCCGAGAGUUUGCCGGCUGCCAAAAGGCCCUUCGAGAGGAGGACGGCGGAGCGCCAGUCUGCCCGGAAACCCCUCCUGGGCCUGCCCAGCCAUAUGUUACAGUCGGAUGAGCUCCGGGCCAACCUUUUGGCGAGAUACCCGCCUGAGAAACUCUUCCAGGUCGACCGUAACUUCAAUGCUGCUCAAGACCUGGAUGUCUCUCUCCUGGAAGGAGACCUGGUGGGCGUGAUCAAAAAGAAGGAUCCCAUGGGCAGCCAGAAUCGAUGGCUGAUUGACAAUGGAGUUACCAAAGGGUUUGUGUACAGCUCCUUCCUGAAGCCCUACAACCCUCGCCGGAGUCACUCGGAUGCCUCGGUCGGCAGCCACUCCUCCACCGAGUCAGAGCCCAGCAACUCCUCCUCCUCGCCGAAAUUCUCCCGGCAAAACAGCAGCAGCACCUUGACCUUCCUCCCCAGCAACAUGACUGUGACCUUCACCUCAGGCUCCCUCCAGAAGUCACCUCAAGAUUCCUCUUCUGCACAGGCAUCUGGCCAAGGAGAGCUCUGUGCUUCCUCCAACCCGGCUCUUCCCGAGGGAAACCUCUCCAGAUGCCCCACAGACACGGAUUCCCCCUCCCAGCCCGGGUCGUGCCGCUCCGUGGAUCCGGCCAGGGGGGACGCUGACCCGCGCGGCCACCGCCGGCACUGCCCCUCUGAACCAGCCGGCCACCCGGGCCCCCGGAGGAGUGGGCCGGCCGGAGACCUCUCCAAGGGGUGUUCUAAGAGGCCCCCCUCUUUGGAAGACCCAGACGAGAAGCUGGAGCUUGGAGAGGCGCUGGGCAACCAGGUCUAUUUUGCCGUGUACACCUUCAAGGCUCGGGGCCCGAAUGAGCUGAGCGUGUCAGCCAAUCAGAGACUCAGAAUCCUAGCGUUCAAAGACGUCACGGGAAACCGAGAGUGGUGGCUGGCUGAAGUGGAUGGGCGGAGAGGCUACGUCCCGUCCAAUUACAUCCGCAAGACUGAAUACACGUGAGCUGGCCGGACCCUCCACCCCACCCUGGUGCCUUAACUUGUGGACUGUGACAGGCGGGGCUCUGGGAGCCUGGCUGGCCUGGCGUCGGAGGGGAGAGUGGGGAGGGCCUGCCCCACUGUCCCCAGACGAGCAGAUGGCCGCUCCACGGGGCGGGUGGGGGUGAGGGGGUUCUGUCAUGUAUGCCUCAGUCUGGGUUAGACCCCGGUUCUAGUCACCAAACUUAGAGGAUGCUGGUCCAAUCACGGGAAGGGCCGGUAACAAAAUCUACGCAGUGGGGAGAUGCCCAGCGUGGAGAAGAUAGUAUUACCGUUUCAGAGAUGAGCUUUGGUCUUCCCAUCCCCCAGCUCCUCCGGCCACCCCUGAUGAGAAGAAGCGGAGGUGGACGGAGUGAGCUGGGUGCCCCGGGCUUUGGUCCCUCUCAGGGUAGUUGUCGUUUACUCCGUACAGAUGGUAGUGACCCCGGAAGACUCAGGCCCAGAACCUUGUCACCCUUUCCCUCUGACCUGCCGUUUCUUAGCUCCCCUACUUUGAAAUGCUCCCAAGCAUCUGGCAAGUGCACCAGCGAGCGUUGUUGUUCACUCCCCUUCUCCACCGAACCUAUCCUUGGUCCUUCCGCAGGACUCAGGGUCAGGCACCAAACACAGCUGCUCCCCUCCCUAACCACCCCCCAACAUUUCCUUCCCCCACACCACCUCCCCCCGGGCAGGGCAGGAAUGGGAGCGUUCCUGCCUCCUGCCACAGUGCGCGUGCCCUCGGAGACCCUCCGUGGGAGAAAAACCCUUCCACACCCUUCUCCCCACGUAUUACCUGUCGGCCCUGGCACGUUCUCCUCUAAGAAUGUGGAUCUAGGUCGGAGUUGGGGUGGACCGAGUUAACCGUGCCCGACUCCCAUCCCCAGUGUGCAGGAGUCGCUGACUCUCCCAUCUGAGUUGAAUUGGGGUUUCGCCAGGGUCAUCGAGCCCCUUUGUGUGCCCAUUUCCCUCCUCUUUGUCCCCGGGGGAGACCAGAACUCCUGCCCGGGUCUUUUGAAGGACUUUCCCAUCCCUCGGCCUAAAAACCGAAGACGGUCCCUCCGGAAGGAUUCGGAUAGCCGCUGCUCAUUUCCCUGGCUGUGGGUAUCCCUCUGGAGCUGUGGGCCAGUCUCGGGACUCUAAAGGAGGGAUGCGGAACGGCGGCUUCGGGAAUCCUUUGCGGAAGUCCGACUCUGUCCCACUCCCCCUCGUGGAGCCACUGUCUCGAUUUUGUCCCUCUUCCAGGAAACCUCUCCGUGGCCAGGCAGGGGUUUCCUUUAUUCCUCCCCAACCCAGGGAGGUGAACCGAGCAAGGGCUCGCCUUAACCCUUUCCUUGAGGAUUGUGUUUUAAAGGCAGAGUUAUUCAUGCUGCAUUCCUACUUUUGUAAAUAAAGUGUUUCUACAGAUGA